AUGAUCCUGAGUACGAGCCUGAGGUUGACUAAGACUACGAACAUAACCAACCCAGACGUAUUCGUUCCUGGUAACGAUACCGUUGUACCUACACAGGACUCAUCCGGUCUUCUGGUAAAGCGUAUACGCGACCAGAAUUGCAACAUUCAACCGUUGCACAACCGUAUCAACGGCCUCCGGGAGCUAUCGCCGCUCCCAAACGACGGGACAGCACAGGACCGAGUAUUCUAUUACAAAGAGUUCACUAUCGGUGCCGCGGGCCCACAGGCAAAGAAGCGACGAACAAAAUCCAAUACCAACAUUGUGAACGCCUGUAAUGAUUACAUCAGUAUUCACGUGGAUGACUCCUUGGACUUGAUUAAGGCGUCUGAUAUGGUCAAGGGCAAACUUGACUCCAUUUCUUUUAACCCGACGGAUGCGAUUGUGUAG